CCGAGGGGGCGGUGCGCGAGCUCAGUCAGUUCGAGGAGCGGGCAACGGCCACGGCGGCGGCUGCUGAGGCGUCCCACGGAGCCCUCCUCAUCUCCAUCUCCACGCGCGGGAGCCAGCGGGGCGCGCGAGAAACAAAGGGAAGCCCCAGAGCAGGGGCAGGGGCCGACCUCGGAGCGCCCGUGGCGGCCCGGGGCGCAGCGGGAGCCCGACUCCGUGCUCCAACCUCCGGCAGGCAGCCCGUCGGCGAGCGGGCGCCAGGCUCGUCCUCUCCGCUGCUCCGCCGCCGCCCCCGACGGGCCCGCCCCGGGCCGAGAAGAUGCCGCGGGUCGUCCCGGACCAGAAGAGCAAGUUCGAGAACGAGGAGUUCUUCAGGAAGUUGAGCCGCGAGUGCGAGAUUAAAUACACCGGCUUCAGGGACCGGCCGCACGAGGAGAGGCAGGCGAGGUUCCAGAAUGCCUGCCGAGACGGGCGCUCGGAAAUCGCUUUUGUGGCCACAGGAACCAAUCUGUCUCUCCAGUUUUUUCCGGCCAGCUGGCAGGGAGAGCAGCGACAAACACCUAGCCGGGAAUAUGUCGACUUGGAACGAGAAGCAGGCAAGGUAUAUUUAAAGGCUCCAAUGAUUCUAAAUGGAGUUUGUGUCAUCUGGAAAGGCUGGAUUGAUCUACAAAGACUGGAUGGUAUGGGUUGCUUGGAAUUUGACGAAGAACGAGCCCAGCAGGAGGAUGCCUUGGCCCAGCAGGCCUUUGAAGAGGCUCGGAGAAGGACACGCGAAUUUGAAGAUAGAGACAGGUCUCAUAGGGAGGAAAUGGAGGUGAGAGUUUCACAGCUGCUGGCAGUAACUGAGAGUCAGAGCCCUAGAAUGCUGGAACUGGAAGGGACACACCAUAGAACACACCUAGUCCAAAUCCCUCCUUUUACAGAAGAGGAAACUAUGGUCCAGAGAGGCAAGAAGACAACAAGACCCUAGUCCUGGUUCCAAUUUAGGUAGUGGCGAUGAUCUCAAACUACGUUAAUUAGCAGCAACAACAGAUGUGCCCAUCAAUCUUGACAUAUAUAUUGCUUCAACUUAGCAGAGAUAAUUGAAUAAAAGACCAGAAACUGUGAUAACUGGAUAUACUAUGGUCUGUUUCCUGACCUUAAGCAGUCACAGGCAUCAUGAACUGCCAUGGUUUGCACUAUGUUCAUGUUAUAAUACCUGCAUUUCUCCUUUUAGGCAUGUAGCUAGUGAUAGUUUGAAAUUUUGUUUUACUAUGCAAGCUUAUUUUUUGUCAUUAUUUUAGUAAAACUGAAAUUUUGUCCAGUUGUAAAACUAUUUUCUCCUCUCAAUUCUAAUUAAGGAGUUAAUGUCAUUAUAAAAAUAGGUCAAAAAAUUACUGAUGAGGUUUUUUCUACAUGUUUUUAAUUUGUUAUGGACUUUUAGGAAUUUUGGUUAUUAUAUUGCUUCAUUUUAGAUAUGCAUUUUUAAUUUUUUGCCAUUUUUUUUCUUUUCCAAGUGUAAAAUAUCAGUAAAAUGAUAUUUUCCACAUUAUUUUUACAUUAUUUACAAACUAAACCUAGUAGCACAGAGCUGUCUACCACAACUUUCUAACAUAAGUUUCCAGUUGUUAAAGUUACAGUAUCCUUUUAAAUACUAACAAUUGGUUUCUCCUUCCUCCUUUCCUAAAUGUUUUUAAAAUUUGAUAUCGCUCUACAUUCUGUCCCAGAUCUGUUUUUAGAUUUUUUUCUGUAUUGAAUGAGUUUAAGUUGUGGUUUAUUUCUUUAAAAUAUUCUACUAAAGCUCAUAAGAAGUCACAGGUUGGCUUCUGUUUUAUUCAGGGAUUUUUAAAAGUUAUUCAAAAAAAAAGGGAUACUGUAGCGUCUUCACAGACUUAGCAGCCGGUCAGACUGGAGACGGUGAGGAAGCAGCUACAACGGUGAUCAUUGUAUUAAAAAAGCAUGUUUCAAUAUCUACUUUAUCUGUAUUUUCUAUUAUGUGCCUUUUUUGUUGUUUCUGGAAAAAAAUCCGGAUGGUAAAAGGACAGGCUUGUGCAGGAGAUGUUAAUCCUGUGCAGACGAGUAGGCUGUUUGUCGUCUUUUAUGAGCUAUUCUAAGGGUAAAAAAUGGAGUUCGUCUUGAUGGCAUUUUCCAACAAGAUUCAUGGUAGAAAUUGUUGGAUAUGAAUUUGUGUAAGAAUAUUUUUUUAAAAUAGGCUUCUUACCAAAAUGAUAUCUUCUUCCUUUGUUUUAAACAAAACUGGAAAAAGUGUUGUCACGGCAUCAAUUUCCUGAUAUUUUUCACAGCCAUAUUAAUUGUCAUCACAUUUAUGAAUUUACAAAAAUGUAUUUAGUUAUAAUAAAAUAACUGAUUAUGUUAUGGGUUUAAAAGGGGAAAAACCCAACAGUUUCCUGUCCAGUUCAGUAAAUGAACAAAAGUUUCACUGAGGUAAUUAUAUUAAAAUUGUGUAUAAUGUACUUGAUUGUGGAGAAAGAAGAAGUAAUGUUCAGUAUGGCUAUAGAUAGAACAGAUAAUAUCCUGUAUCUCAAAAUAAAGUUGUUUGAUAUAUAUAUUUGAAGUCAUGCAUGAUAAGCAGUGUGUUCAAAGGAUCAUAAAUAUUAAUACGUGAACAAAGAUCAUGUUGAUCUUUUCUAUAAUUAAGUAUUUUGAAUGCAUUUUUCUCACCUUGGUUAGUAUUUGGCAUUGUCUGGCUCCCGUGUUUACACACACACACAAAGAGACACAACACUGCUCAUAUAGCCCUUAAGGAAAUCACCUUUUGAGGAGUUCUGAAAAUAAUAUAUUAAGGCCUCCGCUGUAUAAAAUCCCUGUUGAUUUUUACUUCUGCACUUGUACUUUGGUUGGGAUGGUCUGAUGAUUUUUCUGUAGCACGUGGAUCAAAGGGCUUUUGGCAUAUCACUCAAUAAAAGUAGAUUCAAUCACAUGUUGACAUCACUAUCUUUCUGUAAAUACAGAAUUUCUCCUCAUCAUUUAGCACUGUGUUGCUUACUAUAUAUCUUAAUGCUGGCAUUAAGAUCAUGAGCCCUUAUCUUCCAAUAGUGCAGACUUUUUAAAGGUAUCCCCCUUUUAAGUUAUUGAUGCAAUUUUAUAUUUUUCAUAAUCUCUGUUUAAAUGAAAGUUGCAUCAUCUUUCUUGAACUCAUUUCUAUUAAAGACUUGCCUUAAGCUUCCAGAUUGCUUUUGCCACCAUUAGUCAUAUGUAUUGUCCUGUGUUUCAUUUGCUUUCAUAAUAAACUGUGUAGUGAAAACA